AUGGUCUACCUAAAACAAAUUAAUGUUGAAAACUUUAAGUCAUGGCGUGGAAAACAGGUUAUUGGUCCCUUCAUGCGGUUCAACUGUAUAAUAGGCACAAAUGGCUCAGGGAAGUCCAAUGUGAUGGACGCCCUGAGCUUCGCUAUGGGGCAGCGGGCCGCCUCUCUUCGGGUGAAGCACCUCAGAGACCUGGUCCACGGAGCCCACAUCGGGCAGCCGGUGUCCGGCACAGCCCGAGUGGCCAUACGCUUCUGUGACGAGGAGGAUGGAGAGAUGGUGUUUUCUCGAACAAUCACAGGGGACUCUUCUUCCUAUCACAUUAACGAUGCUCAUGUUACUUCUGCUACAUACAUCGAAGAGCUUGCAAAGAUUGGCAUUGUGACCAAAGCUCAGAACUAUCUGGUGUUCCAGGGGGAGGUGGAGUCCAUUGCUUUGAAGGACCCAAAGGAGAUAACCAAGAUGUUGGAGAGUAUCAGUCAGUCCAAGGAGUUGGCCGCUGAUUACCAAAAGAAAAAAGAAGAGCUGCUGAUGGCUAAAGAGAACACGCAAUUUCACUUCAACCAGAAAAAAUCUGCCACUGUGGAAAGAAAACAAGUGUCUCAAGAAAAGCUAGAGGCUCAGAAAUACCAGGCUCUGCUAGAUGACCGUCAUCAGAAACAUUUGCAGCUGAGCCUUGCUGAGCUUUAUCUCAAUGAAAGAGACAUCGGUGCUAUCAGUGACACACUGAAGGAGAGACAACAUUCUGCAGCAGCUAAGAACAGCGAAAUGGUGAACUGGGAGCAAACUGUCAAAGCCCACAAGAAGGAGCACGGACGCCUCACCAGGGAGCAACAGCAUAUCGAUAAAGAGAUCCGCGGUCAGGAGCAUUCUCUGUCUCAGGCUCGGUCUCAUUACAUCAAAGCCAAAGUGAACACCUCUCAUCACAUUAAGAAGGCUGAAGAGAUGCAUAAUGCCGUGCAGAAGAGUCGGAAGUUGUUGGCCAUUAAAGAGCAGGAAGUGACAGCUGGUCAUCAGGAAGUGGAAGAACUUGGAAGAACUUGGAAGAACUACGAGAAACAGAUCCAGGAAGAAGGAGCUGCAAGAGGAAGAGACAUCGAGCUGGACGAGGAUCAGUUGGAGAGAUACAAAGAGUUGAAGGAGUUGGCCCAGAAGCAGGGGGCUGUUGUCAAUCAGCAGGCAGAGAAGUUGCACUGGGAGCUCAGGGCGGAUUCUGAAAAGAUGUCCUUUGACCUGCGCAGAAAAAAGGAGGUGGAGGUUGCCAUCAGGAACAGUCAAAAGCACCUGGAAGAAUUAGAAAACAGAGCAGAAAAACUAGAAGAGUACACCAAAACUUGCAAGUCUUCCUUGGAGGAUUACCAUCAGCAAGAGGAGAGCCUGACAGCAGAGCUCCAGCAUGUUUCUCAGCGUACCAAAGAGGUGAACCAAGAGCUGGGUAAGGUGAUGGAGGAGCUGAGGAACGCCCGUCUGGACAGCCAUGAGAGUAAACGGCAGCAGCAGCGCAGAGAGCUGCUUGAGAAGCUCUGCAGGCUCUUUCCAGAAACUCUGUUUGGCCGACUUUCUGACCUGUGCAGCCCAAUUCAUAAGAAAUACCAGCUGGCUGUCACUAAGGUGUUUGGCAACAACAUGAACGCAAUUGUGGUGACUUCUGAGAAAGUAGCACGUGAAUGUAUAUGUUUCAUCAAGGAGGAACGAGCAGAGCCAGAGAUGUUCCUGCCCAUAGACUACUUGGUUGUGAAGCCUCUGAAUGAACGACUGAGGGAGAUUUCAGGUGCCAAGAUGUUGGUUGAUGUUGUACAGAUCAAUGCUGCCUCAGGUGCUGCCCAACUAAGAAAAAUAGUGCAGUAUGUCUGUGAUAAUGCUUUGGUGUGUGAAACGAUGAAAGAUGCCAGGAGAGUGGCCUUUGAUGGAAAGGAGCGUCUUAAGACAGUAACCUUAGACGGGACGCUGUUUAAAACAUCAGGAGUGAUCUCUGGCGGUUCCAGUUAUCUGCGAACCAAAGCUCGUUGCUGGGACGAGAAAGACAUGCUGCAUCUGAAGGAACACAGGGACAACCUGACCAAGGAGCUGCGAGAUUUAAUGAAACUGAAGAGAAAGGAGCCAGACUUGAAACGAAUCAUUGCACAGUCUCAAGGAGCUCAGACACGCCUGAAAUACUCCACAACUGAUUUGGAAAACCUCCAGAAAAAAGUCAUCCCUAAAUGCCACGCGGAGAUCUCACGGAUGGAGAGUGAAUUAGCAAACGCUGACUAUCAAAUUCAGAUGCAGCAGGAAAGUCUUGAAGGAAAAAAUGCAGAAAUGAAGAAGAUUAAACACCAGAUUGAUCAGAUGGAGGACUUGGUGUUUUCAGACUUCUGCGCAGAGAUUGGUGUGGACAACAUCAGAGAGUAUGAGCAGGAGCACUUAAAACAGCAGGCAGAGCUUGACAAGAAACGGCUGGAGUUUGAAAGUCAGUGUGCCCAGCUGAAUGCACAACUUGACUUUGAAGAAAACCAACUUGAACAGGACAGGAAAAAGCUUCGCAAAAUGGAAGAUACCAUUAAUAUGGAGGAGGGAACCAUUGCUGAGCUCAAAAAGGAAGAGCAGAAACUGUUGGAAGCCGUAGAAGAGGGUCAGAAUAAGCUGCUAGAGCUAAAGAACCAGCUGCUCACCAAAAAAAGCCAAGUGGCUUUGGCCAAAGCUGAGCUGGACCAGAAGUCUCAGGAGCUUCAGGAGAAUAACAAAGAGUUGGUAAAACUUCAGCGUAAGGUGAUGUCAGCAGAGACGAUGUUGGAGCAGAAACGCUUGGCUAGACACAACCUGCUGCUGGCCUGCAAGAUCCAAGGCCUGCCCAUCAUUAUGCUGUCAGGCAGCCUGAAUGAAAUCAGUGAGGUGCAUCUGACCACAGAUUCAGAAAGUACUUCAGCCACUAUGGACAUUUACGAGCGAGAGGCACAGCUAGUCAUCGACUACUCCGAGCUGGACGAAGAGUUCAGGAGUCUCCGGGAUGACGAGGAGACAGAGGCCUUCAUGAAGAAGCUGAAGGAGUCCGUCUCCUCCCUGGAGGAAGUGCUACUUUCUACCACUGUACCUAACCUGAAAGCUCUGGAGAAAAUAAAUGAAGUGAAAGACAAGUUACAGGGAGUGACUGAAGCUUUUGAUGCCAGCACUAAAGCAGCCAGAAAAUGUAACCAGGAGUUUGAGCUAGUCAAAGCCCGGCGCUGCCUCCUCUUCAGUCAGUGUUUUGAGCAUGUGUCCGUUGUGAUUGAUCAAAUCUAUAAAAGAAUUUGCAGAAACAGUAGUGCCCAGGCUAUUCUGAGUGCCGAGACUCCAGACGAGCCGUAUUUAGGCGGCAUCAACUACAACUGUGUGGCUCCAGGGAAACGCUUCAUGUCGAUGGACAACUUGUCAGGUGGAGAAAAAGCCAUUGCUGCUCUUGCCUUGCUGUUUGCCAUCCACAGCUUUCGCCCUGCUCCUUUCUUCAUCUUGGAUGAAGUGGAUGCAGCUUUGGACAACACGAACAUUGGCAAGGUGACCAGUUUCAUCAGAGAGGAGUCCAGACGGAACAUGCAGAUCAUCGUCAUCUCUCUGAAGGAGGAGUUUUUCUCCAAAUCUGACGCUCUGCUGGGCGUCUAUUCUGACUUUGAUGAGUGCAUGUUAAGUCGCAUUCUGACCCUGGACCUGCGUCUUUACGCACUGGAUGAGGACGACAACGGAACGCAAAGUUGA